CAUAAGUGCAUCUACGUAUACCAAAAGUCUGUCAUAUAAUGUUGAAUUAUUCUUGAAUUGUUCCCCGGUGUUCUUUCUAUUCUACCGUGUGCAUAGUGCCUGGCACCUGCAUCACAUGCACAGCCAACAGUCGCCCCUUCUAUCAGUAUCACCACCAUCAUCUCUCUCAACAAAACACAAUGGCAGUCCCACACGACGCUCAGUCCGCUGCACUGCUCGCUCACGUCGUGACACAAUUGCAGCUCAAUGUCUCCUUCCUCGAGUCUCAGAACUACAUGUCUGCUGAAGACGCUGAUAACAUGCGUGAAAUUGUAUCACGGCUGCCCUGCGGCGCCGGCCAGUCAUUUGUAACCACGAGCGUUAAGGUUAUCAGUCCACCAGUCAUGACUAGAACGUUCCCGCCUCCAGCAAUCACCCCUAGAUCGAUCCCGUCUCCACCUGUCCAAGCGCCCGCGAUAUCACCCGUUUCCUCCCAGCAACCUAGACUCGUGAAAGCGAUUUGGGCGUACAACGAGGACGGGCGGGAACCAAAUGAUCUCUCGUUCGCUGCUGGCGAACACAUCGAGGUCAUCUCGGAGAAGAACCAAGAUUGGUGGCUUGGUCGAGCUCACGGUCGUGAGGCUCUAUUCCCGUCUAAUCAUGUCGAGAACAUAGACGCUUCCUCACUCCCGCAAGCUGAUGCAGUUGUGACAACUGCAAAGAAAUCGUAUAAGCCGUUUGGCGCCGCUCUGCAUGGGACGGAUAAGCCUCCCGCCGCGGGUGUAGGCGUAAACUCUGUUGGUCUGCAGGAAGCAUCUGGUCAGGCAGAAAAGAAGAGUAAAUACGGGAAGUAUGGUAACACGAUGGCCCACUCAGCUGCAGGAGGCGUUGGUUUUGGUGCUGGUGCUGCCAUUGGCGGUGGUUUGGUCAGAGCGAUAUUCUGAUAUGGUCGUGGCAUAGCUUCAACACAUGGUUUAGAACUCUUGGUAUCACAUGGACCUAGUAUUGACAGUGUGUCUUAUAUUUAUCCUCGCUGUAUCCUCAAGUAUAUUAACAAGCAAGUCAAUGUACGGACUACCAUAGUUGCACUGUCUCGCGUCCCGCUUGAUUAGGAUGAAUACUGUAGAGGUGACGAUGAAGGCUGAGGUCAGAACAGACGUUUGAUGCAAAGGAGCUAUUCGCAUGCCUAGGCUCAGCGCCUUGGUUCAAUAUCAGAUUCCGAUGUUGUUUGUCCUCACAUUCCCUUCCCUUAUUCAUCUU